AUGGCGGCGCCGCCGCCACCGGAUCCUGCAGUUCUGAUCGACGCGCUCGUGGAAGAGUUCCUUCUCCGCCUGUCACCGGAGGACCCCGCGCUCCUCGCUCGCACCGCCCUCGUCAGCAGGCAGUGGUACCGCGUCGUCACCGGCCCCUCCUUCCGCCGUAGAUUCCGUGAGUUCCACCGCUCGACACCAUUGCUGGGCUACAUCCUCAAUCUCGCCGACUCCAUCCGCUUCGUCCCUAUGUCAUCAUUUCGCCCGCCCCGUACUCACCGCCGCGGUGUGCGAGCGGUCAGCUCAAGCCAUGGCCGCGUCCUCCUCCAUCGCUUAUUCGAGAAGGAUCUGAUUGCCCCUGGUUUCCCAGCGAAGGAUGUGGGUGUCCUCCUCUCCGUGUGGCAUCCCAUCACGGACGAGCAGCAGGACCUGCCCGUGGUGCCACUGCGGCCGACCCGAUACCGGAGCUUCUUUAAGCGGGAGGACAAUGCUAACUGGGACGCGGCCGUCGUCUGCGACCAUCUCCACUGCCAUUUCAUGGUAGUCUUCGUGGGAAAUCGUGAAGGCAGGACUUUCUCUUGUUUCUACUCAUCCGAGGCUGGUAGCUGGAGUGAUCCCGUCUUUACUGCGGAGGAGUCCGAGAACACUUUUGUCCAGGGGGACUGUAUCCUCAUUGGCACAGCCUUCUACACCACGCUUAUUGCUGCAGAGGAUGGUAGGCUAGGAUUUGCCAAAGCAAUCAAUUCAACACUUCGCCUGUGGCUAAGGGAGAAUGGAAGAUGGGAAGAAAGCAGAGCCAUUGACCUUCGCACGCUGCUCCCAGCUGAUGCCAUUCCUGAUCAGCCACUAUCCGCAUGUGUAGCCAUCCUAGACACACCUUGGGUUGUUGCCUUUGCAGAGACUGGAGCUGGUGUCAUUUUCUUAUGGACACGUGUUGGGAAUUUCACCAUCGAUCUGAAGUCUGGGAGUUGCAAAAAGGUUGGGAAGUACUCCUCAGGUCGUGUUGUUCCCUACGUGAGCUUCUGCACUCCAGCACCAGGAGCUGGUGUUGCCAUUUCUUCAGAUGAGGUGCCAGUAGCUGAUAUUGCUGUCGCUACAGACGAGGGACCAGGAGCUGGUGUUGCGGUCUCUGCAGAUGAGGGGCCAGGAGCUGCUAGCAUGUGUCAAGUGCCUAAGAAGCUCAAAUUACAAGUGCAAGGCCUCUAA